AUGGCGUCGCUAGCAGCAUGGAGCUUAUUUUCACUGAAUAUAAUUGUACUUUUCCUCCAAAUUAUGGCUGGAAGAGACUUUUACCAUAUAUUAGGAGUCAGAAAGUCAGCAACAAAAAAUGAAAUAAAAAAAGCUUACAGAAAGUUAGCAAAAGAAAUGCAUCCUGAUAAAAACCAAGGUGACCCAGAGGCCACUGAGAGAUUCCAGGAUUUAGGUGCGGCAUAUGAGGUUUUAUCUGAUGAUGAGAAGAGAAAGAUUUAUGACAAACAUGGAGAAGAAGGUCUGAAGAAGGGAGACGUAUCAGGAGACCCAUUUGAGAGUUUUUUUGGAGGCUUCAGUCCUUUUUUUGGGAACUCCAGAUCCCAAGACAGGGAAGUUCCGAGAGGAGGUGAUGUGAUCAUGGACCUGGAAGUUACGCUGGAAGAAUUAUAUACAGGAAAUUUUGUGGAGGUAAUCAGGUAUAAGCCAGUGGCUAAACCAGCUAAAGGUACGAGGAAGUGUAACUGUCGGAUGGAGAUGGUCACCCAACAGCUCGGUCCAGGUCGCUUCCAGAUGACACAACAACAAGUCUGUGAUGACUGCCCCAAUGUUAAGAUGGUGCCGGAGGAGAAAGUGUUAGAGAUAGAAAUUGAACAGGGCAUGAGGGACGAACAGGAAUAUCCUUUUGUAGCUGAAGGAGAGCCACAUAUUGAUGGGGAGCCAGGUGACUUGAGAUUCAAGAUCAAACAGGCAAAACAUCGACGAUUCGAAAGGAAGGGUGAUGACCUUUAUACAAAUGUCACUGUCAGUCUUGCUGAUGCUCUAACAGGCUUUGCGAUGGAUAUCCCUCACUUAGACGGCCAUUUGGUCCACAUUGUCCGCGACAAAAUCACAUGGCCUGGUGCCAGGAUGAGGAAAUCUGGAGAAGGAAUGCCAAACUAUGAGAACAAUAAUGUAAAAGGAGCGUUAUUCGUCACAUUCGAUAUAGACUUCCCAAAGGGCACUCUCACGAAAGAGGACCAGGAUCAAAUAAGAGAGAUUUUGAAACAGGAAACAAAGAAAGUUAUUUAUAAUGGACUUCAAGCAAACUUAUUUGCAUAAUGAUAUGAGUUUUAGGGUUGUAAUUUAAAUAUCUCACAAAAAAGUCAAAUAGAAAACUUUCAUCAUGUUUUAAUUCAUUUAGGAAUUGCCAUUUACAUUUGGAUUUAAGUGAUGUAUGGGAGGAAAAACUGUUGUGGUGAUAAUUUUUUUUGAAGGAUACAAAUUAUCUACCUUACUGUUAAUAUUAUCUCCUGGCAUUGGAAAUAUUGUAAAAUCUGGUAUAGAUAAUCGUUGAUUAUUGGAAUUAUAUAAAUUUACUUUUAAGUAUCGAAGAAUGCCGUAGAAACUUACAUCAAAAUCAAUUUUCUCCGUUUUAUUUGUAAGGGGAGAUAACUUCUAACAAUAAUGUUGUAUGUGUCCUUAAGUUGUAGUUAUUGUCUGCACCUUUUUUAACAUUAUUGUUUAUGUGGUUUCUUUUUGUUUCCAAUUACAUUGAAUCUGUGUAACGUCAUAAAAUAAAUAAGAUAUAAACGGGUAUUCACAAAUUUUAUUUUCACUGAAGACAUUCUCUUGUGACCAAUAUAACUUUAAAUAAAGUAAAAUAUAAAAGUAAAGAAAGCUCAUUAUAACACAGUUUAACAAAAUCCAAAUGCAAUGAGAUCAAUAGUUUAAUUAAUUUCUGUAGAUUUUAUUGUGUUGGUCACAGACUUAGAUAACAUACAUAUAUGACUUUGGUUUGGUUUAGUAAUAUCUAACAUCUUAUUUACACAAAAAGACAUUUAAGGAACAUGAUAUCAAUGCUAAUGUAACACAGCUAUAAUAUAUACCAACAUUCACUGCUACAAAAAGUGCCAAAAAGUGCUUUUUGUUUAUUGUUAACUUAGAUAUACAUGUAUUACAGAUAACAUUAUUGUGUUGGUAGAUAAUGUCACCUUGUCAAAAACCACGUUACACUUCAUUUAUUGAUUUGUUUUGGUUAACAUGGAACGAGUUUAAUUAACGUAUAGAUGUUUAUGUAGACACUGGGAUUUUAUUCAUUCUGAAGAUAUAAUCAUUACGUACACUGUAAUUUUGUCAUGAUAUACAAAAAGUGUACAUAUGUAUAGUGUAAAGGAGUGUAUUAAUUUUUUUUUGAAAUUUUCAUUUUAAUUUAUAUGAGAACCUACACAAUGUGAUAAGCAUCAAGUUCUCUGAAGAUCUAAUUUAUACUCAUGCUUGAUAAUUAUCAGCAUUUUUCAUACAGGUUCAUGUAAGGAAGUCUAGAAAUUCAUGAAAUGUUGAUUGUGAGUGGUAGUGAAAAAGCUGGAAUGUCAUGUAUCUUGAUGUCAUUUAUGUGGUAUGUAAAUGAGCGAUAGAAUGUAGGGAGGUGAGGAUGUUAAAAAAAGUCUGAAACUGUAGAAAAUACUGAGCAUUGGCUUAUUCUUCAAAGCAGAUUUACUGUGGUAGUUUUUGUGACUUAUAGACUCCAUCCCUUGAGGACAGAUAAGAAUUUCAACAUGAAUAGAAAUAAUCUUCAUUUGAAAAACAUGAGGCUUGCCAAGUGUUUCACAGCUUACCAAUCUUACUGAAAGGUUGAGAUCCCCUUGUCACAGCAGGUGGCCAAGUGGUUAAGGUGUCCCGACACUUUAUCAAGAGCCCUCCACCUCUGGGUUGUGAGUUCGAAACCCAUGUGGGGCAGUUGCCAGGUACUGACCAGAGGCCAGUUGUUUUUCUUUGGGUACUCUGGCUUUCCUCCGCCUCCAAAACCUGGCACGUCCUUAAAUGACUCUGGCUGUUAAUCGGACCAAAAUAAAUGAACUAAAUAAAAUUGUCACAAUACCAGGGGGGCGAAUAAUUAGCUUUCCUUUUCCCUGUUACCCAUAUUAUGUAUGUGAAAUUGAUGUUGCAUCAAUGGAAGACAUAUAUGACAUGAUUGAAUUAUUGAUUGUUAUCAUUGUAUUGGCACCAUGACAUCAUACAUUUGUUGUGAAUUGGAAAUCCCAUUCUCAUCCCUUUGAUGAGAUUAGCAGAAUCCUUCACCAGUCUGUUCUUUGGGCAGGAUUAUCUCAUAAAGCUUGUUGAGUGCCGGCCAGCCAAACUCUUCCACAAGGGUUGAGGUAUCCUUGUCAUGGUACAGGCUCAUGUUUCAUUAUUUUUCUCACAUGUCUAAAGAAAAAAGAGAGAAAAAAAUAACACAUUGUAAGGUGUUGUGAAUCUUAUUCAUCGUGUCAAUGUCUCCAGAAAGGCGAGUUGAAAUUGGUGACAUUAUCAAAUUACAUAAUGGUUACACUACAUAUAAUGCUGGGGUUACCAGUAACAUCAUCGUGAGUGUCGGCUGUCUUUCCCCUACCCCUUGUGAGAUUGAUUUAUAUUCCUAACAGCCAAGGAACCAUCCUGUGAAGUAUGUGAUAAGAGGGAAUUUCACACCUAUAAAGUGUGAAAAUGCUUGUCAGGGGUAACAUAAAAUUUAAACCAUGAACAUUCAAUAAACAGUGGAGCUUUCUAAUCUAACACCGUCUCGGCCCCUAACGAUAUAGUAACAGUGAGUUUGGAUAGAGACAUGUAAGUCAAUAUCGUGUAACUUCUUAGCUUAAACAUUAUACAGUACAGAGUAGAGUAUAAGUCUGGAUACAAAUCAAGAUAUAUUGGUAUAAUUUGGUUUCUAGGGAGGAAAGAAGAUCACAACAAUUUAAUUUGUGCGACUUUUUGUUCAUUUUGUUGAUACAAUGUAUAUUGAGAUGAUAACUGGAUUAUCAUCGCUGGUAUAUGUACAUGUUUGUGUUAUAACUUAUACAAUCGUUAUAACUAAUGUCCUACUUUAUUAUAUAAAACGUGUAUGCUUUGGAGUUCAAACUUGUCAGCAGAGAAAUGCUUUGAUAAUCAGUACUGCCAUGUUCAUAUCUUUAUUGAUUUUUUUUAAUUCUAAAAAAAGUGGGGUUUUUUUAAUUAAGAUUCAUCUUGUCCUGGGGUUCAAAAUGGUCAAAUUUUACAUGUACAAAAAUAACAAUCACUUCAUAUAUUUCAAAAGGUUAAAAUUUAGAAACUAAUAAAAGAAGAUUUUCUCAGGGUCGUUUCUCAUAUAAACACAAUAUGCUUGUCUCUGGAAUGUGGAAUUAAUAAAAGUUGAUCUCAAAGAAGAAGACUGCUGUCAAUGGGUUGAAACCAAAAGUGUAGUUGAAAGUGUAUCGAGUUUUAUAUCCAAGUUAUCUUGAUACACAUAUUAAUAAAACAUAAUUUUAACUGAUUAUGUUAUCGCCCUGAGUGUUUAAGAGGAUGUCAUUAUAUUGAAAUGCAUUUUAUACUAUCAUGUCUUCAAUGGGAUUUCAUUAAAACCAUUAAAUAUUUUUUCCUAAAA